UUCUGUUUGUAAGUUUACAGUCACUGUAACACAGUGUAAAUAAUGUUUCUAAAAUGUUUCUAAAAUGUUGAAGUAUUCAUUUUUAAUCAUUGGAAUUUAAUUUUUCUUUUGUUAUAUUUGGGCUUAGCAUUGAUUGAGUUGUGUCAUUAUAAUACGCUGCCUGGUUGACAAGCAACUAUCCUAAAAUGAUGUGCACAAUAAUUAAGGCAAGUUUUUUACUUGCUUUUGGGUUCAUUAUUCGGAUGUUUUUGAUUACCAGUUCAUACCAGAAAAUGAUCGCUGAUAGAGUAGAGGUUUCUACUCCAGUCAAUUCUUGGAGAAGAGCUGUUGAAGGAGUUACUUUGAUGAAGCUGAAUAUUUCACCAUAUGAAGGAGAUACUUUUCACGAAGUUCCACUCUUUCUUCAAUUUUAUCAUUUUCUGCUGACAAACUUUGAACAGUGGAUACCUCUCAUAUUUGCCAUCAUUGACAUACUCACUGGACUUUGUCUCAGCUUGGCUAGUUAUAAUCAAUUGAAGACUAUAAAAAGAUGGGAAAAGAUUAGGCUGUCAAAGCUGCCAUCAUCUGAUGCUAAGAAAUUGGAAAUACCAGAGAAAAGUAUUGCUCAAUUAAGCUUCCGAGUGUUAGCAAUCUACCUGUUUCUUCCAUAUUCAAUAAUGGCAUGUACUGCUCAAACAACAUCUGUGUUGAUCAACUUUUUAGUUAGCCUUACAAUGUUGUUUAUAAGUUUUGGUUGGCGAGUUAUCGCUUGUUCAUUAGUCGCUCUGCUAACUUAUCAUUCAUUUUAUCCAAUUUUACUGAUUUUCCCUGUUCUUAUGGUUUCUGAGAAAACCAAUCAGAAAGGAAAAUCAUUUACAUAUGCUUCAAAAAGCUCGUGUUUCUCAUUGAUAUCAUGUUCAAUUGCAACUCUUCUUCUUAUCUCCAUUCUUGUUAUGAUUUCAAAAUCAAUUACUGGAUCAUAUGAUUUCUUUUCGUCAACAUAUUACUUCUUACUAUCCGUCCCAGACUUUACUCCUAACAUUGGACUCUUUUGGUAUUUUUUUGCUGAAAUGUUUGAUCAAUUUCGUGAAUUCUUUCUCUGGACAUUCCAAAUAAAUUCUUUUGUUUACUCAAUUCCUCUUUCAUUAACUUUAAAGAACAAUCCAAAUUUCUUCUUCUUGAUCACCCUCAUUCUGCUUUCCCUUUUCAAACCAUAUCCAUCCGUUAGUGAUUUAGCUAUUUAUUUAGCCUUAUUACCACAAUGGACACAUUUAUUUACAUAUAUGAAACAAGGACUUCUUGUCGCUUGUGUGUUUAUUUCCUGUAGUGUUCUUGCCCCUCUCAUGUGGCAUAUGUGGAUAAUUUUAGGAACAGCAAAUUCAAAUUACUAUUUUGGAGUUACAUUGGCGUAUAAUGUUGGUCAAAUUUUUUUAAUCACUGAUUUACUCUUUGCUUACUUGAAGCGUGAAUUCUAUCUGUCUAACGGAAUCAAAGUCGAUGAUAAAGAUAAACCAUUGAAACUCGAGCUGUCUGCUGAAUAAACAAACCAUUACUGUAUAGAACUAAUUAUUCUGUUGGAAUGAAGAAAUUGAUCUGAAUCCGUCUCAAUUCAUUCUGGCUCAUGGAUAAACAGCUCAUUUAAAAGAAAUAAAAAGUUAAUUCAAAGGGUGCGUAAGGCUACUAUGUUAACACGAAGACCAUGAACAUAAAAAUCGUUAAUAUGUUCCAAUUAAAUAUUGGUUAAUGAUAAAAGGGAGACAAACAGUUUGAUAACUUUUCUGAUGACGAAAAUCGUGAAACAUUUUCUGGUCAUUCAUUUACUGUAAUUGAUAUUUAUUCUUAACUCAGAAUGAUCUCGUAUGAUUUUUCAGAAAUUACACAUCGGAAUUGUCUCCUUUUCCUAUCAUAAAUUAACUAUUUUUUUAGUCUUUCACAUUAUUUUGUGUACUCCAAGAUUAUCUUUUGGAUAAACAAUAAAUUUGUUUAGAUGGAAAA